AUGGCGUUUUUUCUAUUCGUCUUCUUCUUUGUUGCUUCUGUCAGUAGCAAGUCUUUGGACCUAACAAAGGUUAACGUUGAUGAACUUUCAUCCGACGCCCAAAAACCCGUCUUCCCUGGUGCUCCUUCUGAUGACGCGGAUGAUGAGCAUUUCGAUGAAGACGACAGUGACGCGCUCGAAGAAGAAGACGCUGCAAGUCUCUUGCUCGGGAAGGAUUUGCAAGAUGAAAUUUUCGGAUCGUAUCAAGAAGGCUACUUGUCCGGUAGCGUGCAACCUCUGUGA